AUGGUCCGUCGCAUUGAGCUCAACGCUCCCGAAGAUGAUAGGGCCGUAGUAAAACGUACAUUCGAACAAACAGCAGCUACUACAUUAUACGAAUAUCUACCGGACUUUCUACGACGCCUGUGCAAAAUAAGGAGAGCAGAGACUCUAGAUGACAUGUACAAGGCCAACGAAAAUGACGCAUACAGAAGACCAGAACGUAGACGCGCUAUGAGAGACGACGGACUCAUACCAGGCGAAGCUCUACCACCCUCAGUAGAAUUUCACCGACGAUCCGUGCAAGAUGGUAACCGACAUUAUCUGCAAAUGCCGCGAUCUUCUCGCGAUUAUGACGAUCGAGGUAAUUAUCGCGAAUUACCUCGCACCUUGGCAUAUCUAGAAUACAGUCAAGGCCCAAGAACAAGCGCUCCUGGGUAUUACGAUGACCUAUUUCCUGACACGUAUGAAGACAGUCACUACGGCUCGGGUUAUCAAGUAGAACAACAAAUGAUGGGCUCUACUUUUGCGUUCGGAACCGAGCGAAAUACGCAAUAUAUGCCUAGGACUCAAAAUUAUUAUCAACCGCGACCUUUUCAAAAUUAUAACCAAAAUCGUUAUCAUCCGGGAGUACCAGGUCCCACUAAGAGGGCGGUACGCUUUGAAGAAGAUGAAGAUUCGGAAGAGGCAAAAUUACGGCACAAAUCGGACCCGACGAUAAUCUGUUACUGUCCAUUUUGCCCAAAAGGAGAACUUCGAGACGCGUACGAUCCUUUAAACGGAUCGGGCGCUCGUCAACCGGAGGCAAUGGCGAGUAUGCCCGUCCAGUCUCCGUCUAUUUCAACGAGGACUCCCAGCAAUUAUCAGCAGUAUCCAAAGAAAACAAGUCUUAGAGGAUCAAUCGACCAUGACGGAAUCAACGACUCUUCCGAGACCAGAACAACAACCAGUCCAGAACAACACUACAUCUCUACCGGGACAACAAAACCCGCAAUUGAUGACAACAGGAGAGCUACGAAUCCAGGCGAGGACGAACCAAAGUGCCUAACAACAGGAAGAGGCCCAUCAAUCCAUCUACGAAGCACAGCACUUCGAAACGGAGGAGUAAACGCUCUCCUCGACACCGGUUCGGACCUCAAUCUUCUCUGCGUCGAAGAACUACGCGACGAGGCCCUCUGCAACACCGUGUUUACGGGGAUAGUCGGGGGCAUCGCUACGAGCUCAAUGCCAAUAACCGGUUCAAUAGAUCUAAAAAUAUUCGGAGUGAAAAUCACGUUCCAUCUCGUACCGGAACCGCCCGGCGGUUAUAGGGCCAUCCUCGGAAACGAAUUCUUUUUCGAAAAUCGCGUAACCAUUUUAUUUUAUUGGAACACUUUAGUGUUGAAAAAUAGACCUAUACAACCAAUACCGAUCAUUAACCCACGAAGGUUCCCGGAGCAAAAGAUCCUCGCUCUAGAAACCGGGCCAAAAUUAUAUAUGCCUUGUAAUAUGCUUCUAGGGAAUUAUCAGCGAUUCCUCAUCGAUACCGGGGGGGAUGUAUGCCUCAUCAAUGCAUCCGCUUUAAAACCCGAAGCAAUUAUUGACAUCGGAAAAGCUAGAAAAUUCCGAGGUCUCAGCGACAGUACCUUUGAGACUCUAGGAGUAGUUAAAUUAAAAAUUCUUAAUAUCGAAGUCGAAUUUCAGGUUUGUCGAGAGGAUUUACCAUUCUCCGGAGUGGGAAUCCUGGGAAAUAAUUUCCUUGAAACCGAAAAGGCAAAAAUUUCUUACGAUAACCAUACUUUAGUUCUAUUAUCCUACCCAACUAAAACAACACCCUUUAGCCUUGGGACAAAGCCCUCUUCAAGCUACACAUUACCACCUCGCAUGAGAAUGGUAGUAGCUGUACCAGUCCAAGAUUUCGAGAAAAGCGAAGGAUACCUCCCUCGAAUGAACCUUCCGGACGGAGUGCUCGGAGGAGAGGCUGUUGUUAAGGUAGAAGAUGGGUACGCCACGUGCAUGGUUAUCAACCUUAAUUCAAAUUCAGUUGACAUAAAUAUCGGACCCCAAACAGUCGAAGAGUUCGAGUUCAUCCGCCACAAAAUUACGGAACAAUACGCCGAAGGACUCUCUUAUAACCCAGAAGGUCGUCCCGAACCUUCAGAAAACGCGAUAAAUAAUAAAACCGAAAAUAAUCCUGUAGCAUUACCAAUCUCUGCUAUGCCAAAACCAAAAGGGUCAAAUAGAAAAAUCUCUGACUCGGAGGCAAUUCAAGCGGUCAAGCGCCCCGGUCGCCCCCUAGGAUCUGAAAACAGACCAAGAGUCAGCAGCGCUCCUGAACUAAGAGAGACAAUCGCCUCCCGUCUCAAGAAAAGGGAGAUGGGAAAAACGCGAGUCCCACCAAAAAUAAAUUAUCAUGAAACUAGCAAUCUUGAUAUAACAUCAGAAGACCCAGAAAAGACACAAGAAACGGGAAAUGAAGAACAGGGGGACGACGAAGUCUUCCUACCAGUUCCAACACCAGGACCGUCAACGAGUAAUCUAAAUUCGGACAUUGGCCAAGAGGGGGAUGACGAGAAAGAGAAAGACGAGGAAGCCGAAAAGGAGGUUGGAACAAUCGUUCCACAAAAACAGCGAAAAAAAACACGCGAACUAGUAAAAAUGUUCGACGAAAUCCUCCAAAGGCGGCCUCCAUCGGAAAAUAUCUACACAGAGAGAGCACUAGAAAGAAUCCGUAGAGAAGAAGCAAUAUUUAAUUAUACUCCUCAAGAGUAUGCCGGGAUAAAACGAACUAGUUCCGAUACCGCGAAAAAUAUUCGCCAAUCAUUAAGCAAACUUCCACCUCUCUGGCGAAGCGAAGAUGACUCGUUAAAUGAGGAUACAGCACCCGAAAUUAACGUCGACGAAUUUCUAAGAGAUAACAGCGAUCAGCCUGAAGAAGGAUCAAGCGAUAUCAGUCCAGAAGAAACCGGAGGAAUCGAAGACCUCAGCGAAGUGGAGAAUCCCAUUAUCAUUGAGCCAAGGCCUUCGACCUCAGAAGACGACAUCAAUGCAAGAAACGUCAUCGAUACAAAUGAUGAAGAGAAUGAAUCCGACAAAAAUACUCUAACUCCUCGAAACGUAAAUCGAUCUCGAUUCAUAGGGUAUUUAGGAGACGGUCCAGAACCCCGAACUCCAAUUUUCGGAAGAGUUCUCAUACCUGAUGAACUAGCGGCUAUGGGUAUACUCCGCCACAAAAUUACGGAACAAUACGCCGAAGGACUCUCGUAUAACCCAGAAGGUCGUCCCGAACCUUCAGAAAACGCGAUAAAUAAUAAAACCGAAAAUAAUCCUGUAGCAUUACCAAUCUCUGCUAUGCCAAAACCAAAAGGGUCAAAUAGAAAACUCUCUGACUCGGAGGCAAUUCAAGCGGUCAAGCGCCCCGGUCGCCCCCUAGGAUCUGAAAACAGACCAAGAGUCAGCAGCGCUCCUGAAGUAAGAGAGACAAUCGCCUCCCGUCUUAAGAAAAGGGAGAUGGGAAAAACGCGAGUCCCACCAAAAAUAAAUUAUCAUGAAACUAGCAAUCUUGAUAUAACAUCAGAAGACCCAGAAAAGACACAAGAAACGGGAAAUGAAGAACAGGGGGACGACGAAGUCUUCCUACCAGUUCCAACACCAGGACCGUCAACGAGUAAUCUAAAUUCGGACAUUGGCCAAGAGGGGGACGACGAGAAAGAGAAAGACGAGGAAGCCGAAAAGGAGGUUGGAACAAUCGUUCCACAAAAACAGCGAAGAAAAACUCAAGAAUUAGUAAAAAUGUUCGAUGAACUCCUCCAAAGGCGACCCCCAUCGGAAAAUAUCUACACAGAAAGAGCUCUAGAAAAAAAUCCAUCGAGAGGAAGCAAUAUUCCACUAUACUCCUCAAGAGCUAGCCGAGAUGAAACUUCCGAAACCGCGAAAAACAUUCGCCAAUCAUUAAACAAACUUCCACCUCUCUGGCGAAGUGAAGAAGAUUCUUUAGACGAAAACACAACACCUGAAAUUAAUGUCGACGAAUUUCUUAGAGAGAAUAGCGACAAGCCUGAGGAAAGGUCAAGUACCGAUAUCAGCCCAGAAGAAACCGGAAGAAGUGAAGACCCCAGCGAAGCAGAGUCUCCUAUCAUCAUAGAACCAAAGCCUUCGACUUCUGUUGACAACAUUGAUAUAAGAAAUAAAAGUAAUUUAACCCCUCAAAACGCAAAUCGAUCGCGAUUCACCGGAUAUUUAGGCGACGGUCCAGAACCGCGCACUCCAAUUUUCGGAAGUUUUCUCAUUCCCGCCGAACUAGCGGCCAUGGGUAUACGUUACGACCACGCGAGCGGCAGGAUCGUAGACGAAAACGGUAAAGAAAUAAAUGAAUCGGCUGAAACCAAAUCGGCCGAUCCCAAUAACACCCUUACCGAUUCGGAAAAGGAACAACCGAACGAAGAAUCGACAAAUAUAAAAAAAUUAGUAAACGAUAGACCAACUACAAACGAAAAUAUUACAGGGGGGGAUGAUGUAGGAGACCGCCGAUUCGGACCACCCUUUGUCGCUUAUGACCCUCCAACCUUCGAAGAGGCUGAAGAUGUUUUUGCCGAAAGGCGCCAUCGACCAAGAAUAUCUCCACCCUCGAGUUCAGACGAAAGUAUACCGCCAAAAGGACCCAAAAUAAAAAUCAAAUUCUCAAUUAGCCGAGACGGGCUUACUUAUGCCCGAGAUCAUUUAGUACAUUUUUUAGCAGCCGAUUGCGAAAUAAUAAAACCCGUAGCAAAAUUACUCCGUGAUCUAAAAUUUAUAAAUGCCGAUGACCUCCAUGCAUCGAAACCUUCAAAGGGAGAUGUAUUCGUUACCAAAUUAGGUCGUUGUAAAAUCUUCACGGUAUUUAUCAAAACUAAACAUUUUGAAAAAUUAGACCCAAUCGACUUGAUCGAAGGAUUGAGAAACCUUCGACGGUCGAUGCACAAACAUGACAUCCAUUCGCUCCGCUGCGCAAAGCAGGGGGACGAGUUCGAAGAUCUUGACAUUCAAGCUUGCUUAUCGCACGAAUUAAGAGACUGUCUGCUGUAUGAUCCAUUCAAGAAAAUCCAUCUAAUAAGAGAAGAAUGGCAACUGGUUAGCUCCAUCAACGUCGAAAAAUUGGUGAAUCUGUAUCCGCAUUCCAACCAAACUCUAUGGGAAGCUUACGGAAUAUGCUCGUUAAAAUUUAACCAUUCAAUCUGCAUGUCAUAUAUAAGAGUAAAAAGCCAUCAAGAAAUACAAACAGAAAUUGAACAAGCUCAACAUCGGCUGAGACAACUCCUCGAAGAUCCACGACUAGAAAAAUUCGACUCACAAAAGCGCUCAAAAAGAGCUCCAUGGUUUGGAUUCGUAGGCACAAUAGCACGAGAACUGUUCGGAACCAUGGAUUACAGCGAUAAGGAACACAUCACCUAA